AUGGAAAAAGAGGAGGCGGCAUUUUAUUGUCAUUAUUCCGGCAACGUAUCCUGCAUUAGGCAAGUACGAGGAGCUGCAGUUUCUCUAAUCCUCUACGUUCUUGCAGCAGGAGCGGUAAUGCUUACGGUUUUUGGAAAUCUGGUGGUGAUCAUUUCGAUUUCUCAUUUUCAGCAACUCCACACGCCAACUAACAUGCUCGUUCUUUCUUUGGCUGUGGCAGACUUUUUAGUAGGGAUUCUUGUUAUGCCGUUUAUGAUUAUUCAGUCAAUCGAAUCUUGUUGGUAUUUCGGAGAAAUAUUUUGUCUCAUUUAUUCUAUGCUUUUAACUUUUUUGACCACUGUAUCAAUGGUGAAUUUAGCAGUGAUAGCAAUUGAUAGAUAUUUAGCAAUUUGUAACCCGAUGUUCUAUACCAUCAGAAUUUCUGUUCGUUUGGCGUGCUUUUGUGUAUUAGGCGAGUGGCUCGUAACUCUGUCCUACGUAUUUGCAAUUAUGUUUUCUAAUGGGAACACGGAGGGAGUUAUAGGAGUCGAUCCAUGCCCUGGAGAUUGCGUGCUUGUAUUAAACGAAACAUGGGGACCAGUAGAUAUCGUACUUUCGUUUAUUCUACCCGUUUCUGUAAUGGUGAUACUUUACACAAAAAUUGUUAUCAUAGCAAAAGGGCACGCAAAAGCGAUAUCAAAACAACAAAGGGUGCUCGAGGAUAGAAAAAACAGCAACAUGCCAGUAAUCAAGAAAACAGAAAAGAAAGCUUCAAAAACACUGGGCAUAGUGGUGCUGGUUUUCAUACUUUGCUGGCUGCCAUUCUAUAUUUCUGCAAUUCUUACUCAGUUCAUUAGUUCUCCUAUUCCUUCCAUUGUAUUCUGUGCAUGUUGGUGGCUUGCAUUUCUUAAUUCUGGCAUCAAUCCAAUCAUUUAUGCUUUGUUUUAUCCAUGGUUUCGUAAAUCUUUUAAAUUAUUAGUAACAUUAAAGAUUUGCAAUCAUGGAUCGUCUUUGCUUAGCUUGUUUAACGAAAACUAA